AUGGGUACUCUGAACCCUGAGGAAUGGACGCGGCAAGCGCUCCAGGAGUGCGCCGACGCAAUCUGGAGCUGCGACACGCUCGAGAAGGCGGCUUCCUUCGUGCGCGCCCGUCGGACCCCGAUAUGUCUACCGAACUACGUGGCGGGCGAGCUGAAGUUGCCGUCGUCAACUUCGACGGCAUUCAUUGACUCGCAUGAACCGAAAACGGGCGCCCUUCUCUACCGAGUCCCCUGCGCUCAGCCGGAGGAUAUUGAUGAGGCGAUCCGACAUGCCAAGCUUGCCUUCCAGACGUGGAGCAAGACGUCCCGCGCGGAGAGGUCUCGUCACCUUCGCCGCGUGAGUGAGCUGCUCCAGGAGCACCGAGAAUUGUUUGCCGUGUGGGAAAGCAUCGAUCAGGGAAAGACGCUGGAGCGGGCAAGAAUCGAGGUCGACCGGGCCAUCUCGAACUUCUCAUAUUUUUCAACAUAUAUCCUCCACGAACAGACCGCCGCGCGUGUGGUCGAUGGUGUCGCCCUCACGUACGAGCACCGCUCGCCAGCCGGCGUGUUCGCGCUCAUCUCGCCAUGGAACAUGCCGCUGUAUCUGCUCACCUGGAAGAUCGCACCGUGCAUGGCGUUUGGGUGCACGGCAGUCGCGAAGCCAAGCGAGAUAACAAGCAUGACUGCGUACCUCUUGGGCGUACUCUUCCAAAAGGCCGGUAUACCAGCAGGGGUUGUCAACAUUGUUCUCGGCGACGGACAGACAACCGGGGCGGCGCUGGUCGCCUCCCCCAGCAUCGACGGCGUGUCCUUCACCGGGGGCACUCAAACAGGCAUCGCAAUCCGCCGGUCCACGGCGCAUCAGAUCAGGAAGCACUUGUCGCUCGAGCUGGGCGGAAAGAACCCGACGAUGGUGUUUGCCGACUCCAUGGGCCCCGUAACGCGCGACAGGACGAUCCGCAUCGCCGGCAGCGCCGCUUUCGAGAACCAGGGCGAGAUCUGCCUCUGCGGCUCGCGCAUCUACGUUGAGCGAAGCAUCUACUCGGACUUUGUCCGCCAGUUUACUGAGUACGUAAGAGAGAAGUACGUGCUCGGCAAGACCGUGGGCGCCGUUGCUAGUUGGCAGCACUACAACAAGAUCCGGGGCUAUCUGCAGCUGGCAGCCGAGGAGAACGCCACGUUCAAUCUGGGGUCUGUUCCAGCCCCGCUAGAUAAGGACGACAACCGGGGGUACUGGAUCGCCCCCGUGGUCCUGACGGACGUCGCUCCCUCCUCGCGGCUGCAACGCGACGAGAUCUUCGGCCCGGUUGUCACCAUCUCUCCGUUCGACACCGAGGAGGAGGCGGUUCGGCUCGCCAACGACAGCGAGUACGGGCUUGCCGCCGUCCUCUUGACUACUGACGGGGCCCGGAUGAGGCGCGUGGGCGAGCAGGUCGAGGCGGGCCUGGUCUGGGUGAACUGCUGGCUGGUGAGGGAGCUCGGCACGCCGUUCGGCGGCAUGAAGAACAGCGGGACGGGCCGGGAAGGCGGCGAGUACUCAAGGGACGUGUUUACGGUCGUGAGGACUCUGCACUUGCCGGCUUCUUGAACUCGAAUCACGGGCUCGGCCACGCGGAGAUUAUGAGCCCAAUCGUGCUUCCAUAACCCGUUCCCUACCUCUCACCCCGGCCGUUUUGAUUCCGCAUCCCCAUCAUGGCGCCGGCAGCAACAAACGACCUCCGCGAGCCCUGCUGCUCGACCUCGGCAGCCCCUCCCCGCCGCGACCCAUCCUCUCCAACCUCCCUCUUCCGCAUCGACAUGCACACGCACGUCAUGCCACCCGCCCUCCCCGACCUGGCCGCACUCACCCCAACAGCCCCUGACGACGACGACGACCGCCCUUACCCGUGGCCCGCGUUCCGCCCGGCCCCGGACCACGCGACGACGGGCGCCGUCGACAUGUACGUUGGCACAACUUUCUUCCGGCGCGUCGCGCCGUCGUGCUACGAC